ACACACACACACCGAGACUACAUCAGGCUUUGUUUCAGUCCUUCACACAUGAAAGCACAUGUGAAAUUCAUCUUUUCACAUGUGAAAUAUUAGAAGUCUUUAUGUGAAAUAAUGUUUCAUUUGCCGACAUAUGAAACGGAUGUUUUCACAUGUGAAAUAUCUGAAAACGACACUGCGACUGUGAAAUGUCCAAAAGACACUGAUGCCUUUAUGUGAAUUCAUCGAUUCUGUAUGCAAAGACUAACAUUUCAUAAGGGAGGAAUCUGAAAAUCCCAUUUAUCACAUUUGAAACCCAUUUGAUAUAACGUGCGAUAUUACAGUUUAAGUUGUGUUUUCACAAUGUGAACAUACAGAAUCUAACAAUGUGCCAAUCAAAUGUGCAUUUAUCACAAAAACACAUAAAGUCAAACGCGUCUAUAUGAAAGUGCAACACGUCCAAAAAGCACGGGCCCACGUGUGAAAUGUUUGUUCCCAGAUCACAUGUACCUGUACGAACACGUGCAGUGGCGUUCUUCACGUAACGAACGCGGCGUGUGUUUAUUACGUCAUGUGCCGCUGAAGACUCUUGCAUUAAUAAUCCCACCGGCCGCAGCACAGCAACACAUAACUCUCAGCCCGCUGUAAAGACGGCGGCCCCCGGGGAUUAGCGUAUGAAGCAGAAUCUAACAGUGUCCUAAAGCACCGCAGCAGCAGCUGUACGUUCCUGCUAAACUGAAUCCUCUCUGAGGGAUCGAGUCCAUAUUAAAUAUUCAAGUGUCAGGAAAGAAAUCUGGAGCACUGUACCAAAAACUGCACUGCUGCUGUAAACACAGCAAGCUACGCUUUUAUUUGCUGAAAGUUUUGAUUGUGUCAUUAUUGUACGACUACGCAGAUAAAAGAACACAUCGGAGUGAACUUGUAAAGCCCAGUUUCUCCCUUUUUGUUUGCUCCUAAGUAUCUUUACGGUUGUCAGAGUCUUUUUAUUCCCCCCUGACUGGAUCAUUUAUAUUCGGUAUGAUGUUGCAGCUCUUCCUUGGAGCUAUAUGACUUUACACUGAAUUAAAUAUUCAAAGUUUUAUGGCUGCACUACUCCAUCAAAUGGAAAUAUUCUAAAUGUCUCGAGAAUCGUUUUUUAUACACAUUUCACCAAAAUUCAGUUUAAAAGAGCAAAGUUUGGCUUAGUAACGAGCGCCCCCCCGCUGGAUCAGUCUUUCAGCAGACGCGUCCUGUUCAGCCUUCUGGAUGCUCCCUCGUCGUGCAGCGGCUCUCUUUGUAACGUUUGUCCUCCUCACUGUCCACAGCUUCACGCGUUAUGCUUUCCUCUCGCCUUGAGCUGCGUCUCUGUGUUACACAGUCAGCGUGAAAAUGCAGCAGUCCUUCAUGAUGAGACUGUGCUGAGCCCUUCAUCAGUUUAACAUCCUGUCACAUGACCUGAGCCUGGUUCCAGGUUCUUCCUUGUGUUUCCGCUGUAUUUCACUAACUGGACUAACAGUGAACAGGCAGCAGCAGGACUACACUGUGUGUUACACUACGGUAAAGAAGUGAUGGAGCUGGCAGUGGGACAGACAACACUGGAAGAAAUGUUGCUGAUAUUGUCGUUUCUUCCACCUUCAUGUUGGCUGCAGGUGACUGCUGGCACCGGCCAGCCAGAGGCCCAAAUCAACCUCCAGCGAGUCCAAACACACACGUAGUUUUUCACUUCAGUUUGUGAUCCUCUAUUUUUGGAUUCGAACUUGGAUUUAGUGUCUGCUCCAGAGCAGAGCCCAAAUCUAGCUCCAUGAACUCAGAACAACCCGUGACAAUGACUCGCUGCGUUUGGUUCAGCUUCUGCAGGGUGAGAGGGGUUAUUUAACCGUUUCCAUCGAGCCUCUUCCUCCCGCUGUCAUUGGAGACACAGUCACACUCAAGUGCAACUUCCAAACAGACGGAAACCUCCGGGAGAUUGUGUGGUUUCGGGUGAGCACACAGGUGAUUGAAGGAGGCAGUGCCAAGCAGAAGAUUUUCACCUAUGAUGCCAUGUUCAACACCAGCUACUCCCACAUGGAGGACAACCGCAGAUGGGAGGACCUGGUCUACCAGUCAACUGUGCGGCUUCCUGAGGUCCAGAUGGAGGACGACGGUCUCUACGAGUGCCAUGUGGGGAUCUAUGACAGGAGCUCCAGAGACAAAGUGAUUCUAGCCUCCGGCAGCAUCAUCCUCUCUGUCAUUGUACCUCCCAAGUCUAUCUCUGUGGUAGCAGCCAACAGCCCGGCUCCUUUCAGCCGCUACGAGGCCCAGAACUUCACUCUGGUUUGCAUUGUUACAGGAGCAAAGCCAGCUCCCAUGGUGUACUUCAAGCGGGAUGGUGAGCUUAUUGAUGUGGUGCCAAGUGCCCAGUCUUCCCCCUCAGAGGGAGACCAAAGCAAGGGCCCAGGUAAAAAAAAAAGCGGGGCCAGGAGCCAGGCGGGGCUCUGGAGCUCCCAGGUUCUCACCAGUCGAGACCUCGACGACACCAAACUCCAGAAGUCCCUGUCCCUGCUGGAACAAGACGGGAAGCUGGCUCGGCUGGGCCAAGACGGCCCCGAACAGGGCCAAGAGCAAGUGUCCGAGUCGGACCCCGAGCCAACCACCGAGGUGAUCCCCGAGACGGUGGUGAGCCGCGAGUUUCCCCGGUGGGUCCAGAGCAGCGACCCGCUCUACUACUUCCAGCACCAGCAGCAGGCGGCAGGUGAUGGCACCAUGGAGGUGAGAGCCAUGCUGACCUGGAGCCUCAACCCCCAGCUGGACAACGAGGCCCUGUUCAGCUGUGAGGUCAACCACCCAGCUCUGUCCAUGCCCAUGCAGGCCGAGGUCACACUGACUGCUCCCAGAGGACCCAAGCUGUCCAUGAGUCCCGGUAAGGCCAAGGUGGGAGACACGGUGCGGAUCACUGUCCAGGGCUUCCAGCUGGGACCUUCUGCAAGCGAGGUCUUCCCUGAGCCCAUUUACACCUGGACCAGGGUCGGAGGGCGUCUGCUGGACGGCAGCGAGGAGCACAAUGGUCGGGAACUCAUCCUGGAGAGAGUUCCUGCUGAACUCAACGGGUCCAUGUUCCGCUGCACGGCCCAGAAUCCUCUGGGCUCCACGGACACACACACCCGCCUCAUCGUGUUUGACAACCCAAGACUGAAGAAAGAAAAGGAACAUUUUAUUGCCAUCGACGCAGCGGUCAGUCAGCGCUGCCUCACAUUAACCUCCAUGUUGCUGCUGCUGAGCUUCACCUGCGAGCUGACGUGACCCGAGGCUCUGCUGCUCCUCCACACACCACCACCCACGUCUACCUGAGGCACCUGCUCUUUAAUGACCCCCCGGCAGUAGCUAAACCUCCACCCAGCCGCAACACUAAAGGUGCAGCAGGACAGAUACUGAUGCAGCAUCAGGUCCAGAUGCUACAGCACGCCGUCACUCUGUGAGCUGCUGAGGGGUUCCUCUGCUCGGACUGAUUAUGAGUACGUUAGAGGCUCUAACUGCAUCAUACUGAGGCUCACCUGUCUGCAGGGUCCACACCAGAUCCCAGGGAAUAACGGCACUGGAGAAUGGUAGUCCCGAUAGGCCGGUCUGCACAGCCAGCUCGCCCGCAGACACCCGGCCAGAUAAGACUUCAUCUCCUUAUGGGACACUGCAAGAAGCAAAGUUACAAAAAGGGGCCGUUAUUCUGUGGGAUCUGGUGACUUCUCCGAAAUCAACACCUUAAAGCUGCUCACCUGUAGCUCCAGGCUGACUGAGCUGGUUUCUUUGGGUCCCGUCUUUGCUCCCCUCCCACAGGGUCUCCGCAGACCACAUCACAAACUAUUAUUCCUGAAAAUGCUUCUUUCACCCUCUGUUGUUGACGUUACCGGCAGUGUUUCCUUGUUUAAAUGAUGGAGCUCUCCUUCAUCUUCACCUGUUUGUUCGAGUGUAUAAUUCUUAGUAAAACAUUUGUUUCCGAACUGAACUGAGAGUCAAGGGGCCAAGGGCCCGGCUGGGGCCUCACGUCUGCACAGUAACACCUGAACAUUUCACUCUUUGUGUGUUUUUAUUUCACUCACAGCUGAAGAUCCUGUUAGCGUCUCAUUCUGAGCCAAAAUGAAUUCAUUGUAAAAGUAGUAAUCUAAUGUUCUCUCACACUCACGCGUCGGGACCGUACCCUCUUCCCAUUGGCUGGCAGAGCUGGAGGUCACCACAGGUGAGAGGUCGGCAGUUGGACUCUCUUGCUGUACUCAGGCACAGCAGUGCUAUGAGCUAAAUGCUAACAUCAGCAUGCUAACAUGUGAAAAUGCUAAUAUGCUGAUGUUCACCAUCUUAAUUUAGUCCCGCGUGUUAGCAUGUUUGCUAAUUAACCCAAAGCACAGAGCGCAGCUGAGGCUGAUGGGAGCGUCAGCAGCUCUGCAGGUCAGAAACCAAAGUGUCGGACACGUUAACAUGUCGACCUGAUGGUGGCGCUAGACGAAGGCUGCCCCACCAGUCGAUCAGCGCGAUCUUGCGUUAUCAUGGAGCGAUUAUUGCAGGUUGAUUGCAAAAUUAUUGGAAAAAGUCACGUAUCUAUUAUCACUGACAGCUAGCGGUCACGGCUGGGGAAAUGAGUACUAGACUCAUAGUACUGCACUAGAUGAGUUUCCGUGUUCGGCGUGAUGACGUUUAAUGUCCUGACAACCUUGCUGACGGUAAUAUACGUCAAACCUCUGGCAUUGGAAUAUUUCACAAAUUCAUUACUUGCUAUCACUGAUAAACAUGCACCUUUUAAAAAGCUCAGGGUUAAAGAGAGAUCAAGCCCCUGGUCCUCCACAGAAGCAGCAGUGUUCAAGGCAAGGGACAAAGCCCGGGCUCUAGCGCGGCGGACUGGCGAAGCAGCCCAUUGGCUGACUUUUAGGCAACUCCGAAAUAAAUGCACAUCCUCCCUGAGAAAGGCCGAAGCAAAUUAUCACAGAAUUAAUCUCUGAUUCUUUUACAAACCCGUCAAAAUGUUGGAAAGAAGUAAAUAAAAAUAAAACAAAUCCUCAAUA